CGUCCUUAAUCAAUUCCUUGUGGACAAUUUUACCUCAAAAAGCUCAAACAAAAGGUUAUCUGGCAUUAGGCAAUGCCGUUUGUUUCGGCCUGCAGCUUGCUACGAAUCGAAGUACGGAAAAGCUGUCUCCUCCACUACGCCCGGCCUAGCCCUAACACCCCUCACCCAUACGCAAACAAGGCAUCAAAAGACAAACAAAAGGAAAUAUAUAACCCAAAUAACAUUGCAAUCGAGACCUCUGUUCCCUCUUCCUUCUCUCCUUUUUUAUCCUUUUCUUUCUUUGGGUACUUUUUAUGGAAUGCUGCUUUUUGACUGAUGUGAGAGAGUGAAUUUAUCAUUGGCCAAGAGAGAAAUGGAGGGAGCAGAGCUGGAGCUGGAGAGGCGGAGCAAGUUCCUCAGCAGUUUGAUACAGAAGAAGAAAGCUGUGGAGGAACAAGAUCACUGUGACCGCCUCAAUGUUCGAGUCAGGGCAUCGGACAUGCCCAUCCCUCUGCAAAACCGCGCCUUUCGUUCUGCGCGGGAUCACCUCGACGCCAUGCCUGGGAAGCUCGACAGCAAACGCCUCGCUCUCGCACUUAAAAAGGAUUUCGAUUCAUCAUACGGUCCAGCUUGGCACUGCAUUGUGGGAACUAGCUUUGGUUCAUACGUGACGCAUUCAACUGGGGGCUUCUUGUAUUUUUCUAUCGACAAGGUUUACGUUCUUCUUUUCAAAACAGCCGUUGAGCCUUUGGACCAUUGACAAUGGCCGCCAAUUUUAGACGUGUCCUUGCUUGUACGUGUGACAUUUUCCAUUGUCAGCUAAUAUGUAAAAUCGCAAGACUUGCAAUAAUUAUCAACGUUCGUGUUC